UUCCUCCACACACGUGGUGGCGUGCUUUCUAACUCAAUAUUCUGACGGAUUUGUCACUGUGCUGCUCCGGAUUCACAUGGUGGCUUCUGAGAUCACAUUGGCAGGGUUAUAGCUGUAGCUGGUUAGGAAAGAAAGGUCUGUUAAAAUGUAUUAUUUUAGUGUUUUACCCGCGUUUAGAUAUAUCUCAGUGAAGCCACAGCACAUUCUGCGGACCGUCCACUGCAGGAGUUUUCAUCUGCUUAAUCAAACACAGCACAGCACCGGCAGCUUAUCCCCUCUCACGUGUGCUCCACCUCCCAACAGGGCUUAUGUACUUCAUGCUGGUCCACUGACGUGUUUGAAGGUUCAGCCGUAUAUCUAUGAGCGAUGCUUUUCCACCCAGCCCGUCAGCCCUGAGGAUGGAGCUCUGAUCUACACAGGCAGUCUGGGCAAAGCUGUACUUGGAGUGAAGUUUUUCUCCUACUCCACCAGCAUGUUCAGCAUGUGCGUGAUGCCCUACCUCAUGAUGAAGACGGGCAUCGGCGUGGACAGCUUGGCUAUGAAGGUGGCGUUCUGUGGCAUCAUUGGAUUCUUCACCUUUAUGACUCCUGUGCUCCUCCACAUGAUCACCAAGGGCUACGUGGUGCGCCUGUACCACAACAAAGACACGGACAUGUACACGGCCGUCACCUACAGCGUGUUCCUUGUGGAGAAAAAGAGCCGGUUUCACCAAAGCGAAGUUACAGUACCGGAUGUGAGCAAGAUGUUCACUAAUUUUUAUGCCAAUAAGUGCGCAAUGCUGGUGAACCCCGAACUGUUUGAAAUACCGCAGGACUACAACCACCUCAUGGGUUACGACCGGCCGUUUUUUUUCGACUUGGAUGAUCUAAAGAAGCCAGAAAAACGAUAACUUUUUAUCGGUUGUUGAGAUCUCUGUAUUAUUUCAUAUUUACGUAAAAAAGGAGCUGUUAUGAAUGAUCCCGGCUUUCCCAUGUAGACUGAAUGCUGUCCGCCAGUACUGUAGUAAAAGUGUAAAUUUAUUUAAAGCAUUUUGUAAAUAAAUCUAUUACUUGUGUAUAAGUUUCA